CCGCUGCACCUUGGGUCGGAUCAGUGUCCUCUAUAGGGCUCUCGCCUCUUUACAUUUUUUUACUUUUGUGUAUAAGCUCGAUAGGGCUAAAACAGGGGAGAGGGGAGGGGGGGGCGCCUAUACCCACAUCCACCCGCACCCAGAGACACCCACCUCUGCACACACACGUAGGGAAAGAGUUAUAUCUUUUUUUUUUUUAAUUAUUAUUUUUUUAAUUCCUCUGUUAAUUUGCCUGCUGAUUUGGAAUCUCAGUAGUAAUGGAGGGGCAGAGGAGAUUCUGGACCGAGUGGAGGCUAUCAUUUUUCAAAGAGGGAAGUUACUCCAUUUUCUAUGCAAAUGACAGAAAUGCAAGAAGCUCUCACAAGUCAGAGAGGCAAUCGACGGCUAUCAGGUUGGGACAAUAUUUGUCAGCUAACAGAUAAGCAAACGCUGUCUCUCUCUCCCUAUAUAUUUUACUUAUACCACAGAAAUGGACGUCAAAAGGCGCCUGCUAUUGGUCAGCCCAUGAUCAGAUGGUUGUAUUUCCUUGUGUCCCUCGCUGGCACCACGCCAUCUCCCUUCAGCUAAAACCCAAUCUCCGAUAUACUACUAAUAGCUAAACCACUUGGACUAUAAAACACAACAAAUCAUAAAGCCGGGAAAGGACGGCAGGGCUCCUUCCAAUGAGUUCUUAUUUUGUCAACUCGACCUUCCCGGUGAGUCUGGCGGCGGGGCAGGAGCCCUUCCUGGGACAGAUCCCGCUAUAUCCCUCGGGCUAUGCGGAUCCUUUGAGGCACUACCCCACCACCUAUGGAGCCACGGGCGUCCAGGAGAAGGGCUAUACCUCCUCUCCUUACUACCAGCAAAGCAACGGAGCCUACAGCCGCAGCUCCGCCUGUGACUAUGGGGCCGGCGGGUUUUUCAGGGAGAAGGACCCUGCGUGCGCCCCCCCCACCCUGGACGAGGUGCCCUUCGCCCCCGAGCCGCGCAAGUCGGACUGCGCGCAAGGCAAAACUGUGUUCGGAGAGAGCGAGGAGCAAAAGUGUUCCGCCCCGGUUUACCCCUGGAUGCAGCGGAUGAACUCUUGCAAUAGUUCCUCCUUCGGGCCCAGCGGCCGCAGAGGCCGCCAGACCUACACCCGCUACCAGACGCUGGAGCUGGAGAAGGAAUUUCACUUCAACCGCUACCUGACCCGGCGCCGGCGGAUCGAGAUCGCCCAUUCCCUCUGCCUGACGGAGCGGCAGAUCAAAAUCUGGUUCCAGAACCGCAGGAUGAAGUGGAAAAAAGAGAAUAAAUUGCUCAACUCCUCGCAACUGAGCGCAGAGGAGGAGGAGGAGAAAACGGCGGAGUGAAAGUAUUAUUUAAAACACACACAGAUUUAAAAAAAAUUAAAAAAAGGAAAAAAAAAAUAGAGAGGGAGGGAGUGAGUGUGUGAGAGCCGAGAGGAUGAGGGGGGUGUGGGCUGGCUGCGAGGCCAGGGAAAACCUGCACAUUGGUGGGACAAGCCCUCUGCAGCAGCGGCAACAGCUAGAAAGUUUGGGCCACCAAUGCCACGGACUCGUGUUCCCCGUGAUCUGUCGUGUCCAGGGGAAAAAAAAAACCAACAACAAAAAAAUCAGGCUUCUAGUUGCGUUUUGGAAUUUUUUUUUUUCCUUCCUAGACCUCCCUCCCCUCCCACUCCACACCCCCCCCGAAAUGAUAUUAUAAUAAUAAAAAAGUGAAGAGAGAGAGAGAACGAGGAAAAGAAAGGGAAAGAGAAAAGACAAAAAAAAAAAAAAAAAGAAAAGAAAAGGACUCCUACCCGUGUUUCUACCCUUGGUGUCACUGUUAGUAAUCUGCUAACUCUUGUAUUUAAUGGAAGUGCUGCAAUAUAUGUCAUUUGGGGUGUUUAUUGUCUUAAUUUUGUAAAAAUGUUUCAUGCACGGUUGACAUAGGGUUUUUUUUUUUAAUUUUGAUUUUUUCCCCUCCUUUGGUAAAUUAAUCAAGCCCUGGGGUCUUUGUAAUUAGGGUUUUUUGUUUGUUUUGUUUUGUUUUUUUUCUAAGAAAAACCUACUGAAAGAACGAGUACUACCUAAAAGGAUGCAAAAGCAACAACAGCGACAAAAAGUUAUAUUUUAUUAAUUUUUGUACGUGUUGUGUUUGAAGUUUGUCUUAGGUAUGACCAUGGAAUUCUCUAAUAAAAACAAAGUCUUCGAUCUCA